UGUCAUUUUUCAAAGUGCCACAGUGCCUCAAUGGUUGGCUAUAAAAGCCGACCGAAUGCUAAAGCCAAAUCCGUCAGCUUAGGUGAAGGAAAGACAGAGAGAAAGGAGGAAAAGAAGAGAAAGGCAAAGACAAAAGCGUAAAGAAAAAUUAGAAGGGUCGGCGAGCGUCGUUUUUCUUGAAGAAAAAUCCAGCAAAAACUAAAUAAGGUAAAAUUUCUUUCCCCUACAUUGUUUUUUUAAUAUUUUAUUUAAAUUGCUUAAAAAAAUUAAGUCAAAAAUUGCCAAAAAAUAGAAAAUGAUUCAAUGAUUCCAUUUCGUCUUGAAGUUUUUAUAUGUUGUCGAUAUAUGGACGAUGUUAAUGGUGACAUUAACUUUUGUUUUUACAGAAUUUAUAUAAUUUAUAAUUUAAUUAAAAAAUUAAAAAAUUAAUUUUUAAUUACAAAAAAAUAGAAAUUGAAAAAAAUUAAUAUGGUCGUAGGAAUGGAGCCAUCAAGGAGAGGGCAACCCCAAGAGCGUAAUAUUGGCUGGGAGCAUGGGAAGAUGCUCGGUGAACGGCACCAGUUUCAGUGCAAUUAUUGCUACAAGUGCUUCAAAGAAGAAGGGAUAACCAGAUUAAAGCAGCACUUAGCCGGUAAUUCUCGUGAGAUAUCUGCAUGCUCGGAGUGCCCACCGAGCACCCGUCAGCUGAUGAGAAAAAAUCUCGCUGAGAUCAAAGUAGCCAAGGAGAGGGCUGCCAAGCAGAAAGCGGAGGUGGAACGCCAAGCUGCAGAAGCACCUUCCUAUCACUUGAUGGAGUCACAGGAGGUCGAGGGUCCAGAUGAGGAGGCACAGAUCCAGGCUGCCAUGCGGGCGAGUCUGGAUAAUCGGUGGCAGCAAGAGGAGGUGGCGAGGCAUCGAGAUCGAUUUGGGCCCUCGUUUUUCGAGUCGGGCGCCGGUUCUGGUGGAAACAGACAAGAUCCAGAGUUUCAAAGGACAACCUCAGUCAGGGAGGGCGAGGGCAGAUGACGUAGCCGGAUUGCAUCUAUCCUGGGUGGUUUUGGUGGCCGAAAGAAGUCUUCCAAAGGGAUUCCACCAGGUGCGUCAAUCCAUGAUGUAGAUCCGCAUGCCUUCCCCAGAAGAGAUUCGAAGCAGCAAAGGGUAGACACAAUGUGGAAGGAGAAAAAGAAGGAUAUGUGGCGAGCUAUUGGAUCCUAAUUCCACUUCAGCCACAUUCCAGUGAAUGCUGCAGACAAUACAUACUACAAGUCUGCCAUUUCUGCCAUACAGUCUGCCGGUCCCGGUGUCGAUCCUCCAGACCCGAAGGACAUCUACGGUGAGCUUCUUGACAACAAUAAGGAGGAGCUAGAGAAUUGAAUUGGCUCAUAUAAGAGCAAGUGGCCCACAUAUAGGCUCACUCUGAUGUGUGAUGGUUGGACCGGUCCGACAAAGCGGGCCAUCAUCAACUUUCUGACAUACUGUGAUACGAAGACCUUCCACAAGUCAGUUGAUGCUUUGGAUAAGAUGCACAACGCCUCAUACAUCCUCAGACUUAUGGAGGAGGUGAUUGAUCAGAUUGGAGAGGAGAAUAUCGUACAGGUCGUCACUGAUAACGGGCCGCAAUAUAAGUUGGCUGGGCAGGUCUUGAUGGAGCGGCGACCACAAAUUUUCUGAACCCUAUGUGCUGCACAUUGCAUCGACCUCAUCCUGAUGGACAUUAGAAAGAUUCGUAGGGUGCAACAUACGGUGGAGAUAGCCCAACGCAUCACCAGGUAUAUUUAUAGCCAUACUUGGGUUCUUUCAUUAAUGAGAAAGUAUGCAGGGGGAGAAAUUCUUAGACCAGGAGUCACACGGUUUGCUACGAAUUACAUUGCACUUGAUAGCCUUAUCGAGAAGAAAGGAACCCUACGUCAGAUGUUUGUCAGUUCCGAGUGGCAGGAAAGUAGACAUGCCCAGGCCGGCACUGAAGGAAGUAGAAUGGAAGACUUGGUAAACAGGCAGUCAUUCUGGCAGCGGGCCAAUGCGAUAGUCAAGGCUAUCAAACCAUUAUAUGAAAUGUUGCAGGCCGUGGAUAGCGAGAGAUACCUCGAGAUGGACUUUUUGUAUCACAUGAUGGAGAAGGCAAAGGCUCAAAUCAUGGAGGCAGAUGUAGCCCAUGCCUAGGAGUACAUCGACAUCAUUGAGCAGCGGUGGAAAGCCCAAAUGGAUAGAAAAUUGCAUCUAGCAGGUAAGCGAUAAUAUUGAUAAUUAUACUGAUUGAUAUAUUUGUAUAAUUAUACUAAGAUGGUGUCAUCUAUGUGCAGCAUACUAACUGAAUCCCUGAUUUCAGUACAAGAGUGGAAUUGGUAUGGAUGAUGAACUUCUUCAUGCUCUGCGUAAUGUUAUUUAUAAGAUGGAGCCUGAUCCAGAAGUCGCCACGUCAUGUAUAAAAGAGGUAACUAUGAUUUAGUAAUAUAUGUAAACAUAUCGGAUCUUAUAUUAUUGACAUACUACAACAAGCUUCUUUCCACAGACAAAAUUAUUUAAAGAGGGCAGCCACAGCUUUGGACAGCGACCAGCUGUCGUGAGCAAGACAACUAUGAAUCCAGCUGAAUGGUGGAUUCAUUUUGGCGGAUCCGCAAAAAAUCUUAAACGGAUAGCUAUUCGGAUCCUCUCCCAAACGGUCUCCUCGAGUGGCUGUGAGCGCAACUGGUCCACCUUCGGCCUCAUCUACAGCAAACAGAUGAACCGUUUGACACAAAAACGCCUCAACGACAUAGUUUAUGUGCACUACAAUCUACGGUUGAGGCUAAAAUGCAUUCAGAAAGAAGUGGAGCUCAAGUAUGCAGAUCCCAUCUAUAGGACUUUUACAGAUGAUGAUGAUAAUCCUAUGCUCAACUGGCUUGCGGCCCAGCAGCAGGAGCUCGAGCUUGAUGAGCCAGGAUCGCCUUCACGACCAGCCAGCAUCAUAGCCACCGAGGCUAUGGUCGAUCCACAGCAAUGGGCUGAGCGCAACAUUCCACGCACUCCUACAGCUGAAAUGACGUGGCUAGAGGGGAGCCAGUCACCGCAUGACUGGUACGAUGCUCCCGUUCAGAGAGAUGAUCCUCUCAUGCGAGGACGAGGACGCUCUAGUACCCAGUCGACUCGAUCAGGAGGGCGUCAAUCCCAGCAAAAAAGAAAAAGAAAGGGCCCCAAUGGAGAGUGUCGAGGAGACUUGGACCAGCAGCGAUGAAGGUUCUGGUUGUAAUGAAUCUACUAGCCAUGGAGGAAGUGGAGGACAGUAUGGUACUACUUAUGAGACACAGCCGGAGGAAGAUUUUCGAUACACCGGUGAGUCUCAGUUUACGCAUGCUACACAAGAUACGGACCACGGUAGGCCGUCUGAUAUAAGCCGGUCGGAUACCAUUGCAUAUCGAAGAAGAGCUCCUCGAGGUCGUUCAAGAGGCCAGGAUGCAGCUGCAGAUAAACUCCCAUGUGGAGUCGGAUCCAUUGAUGUAUCAAGUUCCGAGUCUUCCUAUUAUUUGCGACCUCAGCCAGCCUAUGAAUAUGGUGCAUCGGAGUCAUCUUCCGGUGGCUACUACCCUGCGCAGCUCGGAGGAUCUUACGGGUCGGAUUUUGGUGCCAACAUAUUCGGAUGGGCCCCUUAUCAAGACACCUCUUAGAGCUAGAGCUUCAGCGAGAGAUCCGAGAGUUCUUAUGAUCCGACGCGCAUUCCUCGAGGAUUGAGCAUACAAGACUACAAUGCCGCUUGGUUAGAGGGAUGGGUUGAUCUGCUUCCAUAUUAUGCUGAUGAUCCAGAUAUUGACGAGAAGCAUCGCCACUCGACCCGAUUUUAGAUAUCCGAGAGUGCUUUAAAUGUAUGUAAUUGACUGUAUCUUAAUUUAAAAAUAUUUUAUGUUCUUCAUCUCAUUAUUUGAAUCAUUUGGAAGUAAUAAGUU